AUGCGCUUCCUCCGUAGCUUUAUUACGAACUUGGGAAAGAGACGUUUCGCACAGGUUCACUACGUCAGAGUUGAAUACUCAAGGUACCCUGCGAAAGAUCUCUUGGAGAAGGAAAACGCAGAAGACAACAUGUCGCAAUCAUUGAACGUCUUCAAAAAGCCCCUCGCCCUCCACUCCACACAGCCCUUGACCGGCUUCACCCGCUCAGGCUACUGUGAAGUGCCCAAAUCCGACCAUGGUAACCACAGCAUCGCGGGCAUCGUGACUAACGAGUUCCUUGACUACAGCGCUGCGCAGGGCAACAACCUGCGCGACAUCGGGCUCACCGACGGCUGCCGUUGGUGUCUGUGUGUUAGUCGCUGGAGGGAGGCGUUCGAGAACAGGACAGGCGAUGCUGACAAGAAGGUGCCGAAGGUGGUGUUGAACGCUACAAACCAGAGCGCAUUGAAGGAAGUGGAUAUGGAGAUGUUGAAGAAGUUCGCGGUCGACAAGGAGGAGAAAUGA